AGGAAUUAGAAAAUCAUUAUCAUCAAAUUAAAAAUAUAAUACCAGAUUUUAAUACACUGGAAGGAAUAACAAAUUUUUAUAAUAAAUGUAGUUCAAUAGAAAUUUGGUUAAAUAAUAUAGGAGAUAAUUUUUUGAAAAACCAUACUGAUAUGGGAAGUAAUUUUACCACUGCUACAAUAUUUGUUGAUUUACACAAACAAUUUCAUGCAGAUGUUAAGAUGAAAAGUAAAGAUAUUGAAGCUUUAAUAGAUUCUUGUUCAACUGUAAUGACAAUAAGCAAAAAAGCGCUAAAUGAAAUACAAAAAAAAGAUGAAAUUCAUCAACGUUGGCGAAAACUCUGUAAUAUGAUAGAGAAAAGAAUAUAUCUUUCAGAAUCUUAUGUUUUAUUUCAUCAGAAUUAUAAAGAGAUUUAUGAAAAUAUUGUAAAUGUUGAAAAAUUAUUUAAACAAGCAAGAGAUAAAUCAUCUGUAUCUGAAGACAUAGAAAGGAAAAGGAUUUCUUUAGAGUGUGAUAUUAAUAAUAUUAGACAUUCUGGAACUGCAUUUAUUGAAGCUGCUUAUAAGUUAGAGGAUCCAUAUUUAGAUACGAAAUCUGCCAUUUCAUGUGUUGAAAGAUUAUUAAAAAAUCUUAAGAAUCAUUAUGAUGAUAUGAAUACUAUUUGGACAGCUUGGAAAUCACAACUUGCAGAAAAGGAUAGACAAAUAUGGGAACAGUUCUGUAGAGAUGUUGAAAUGACAACUGAAAAUGUACAUAGACUUGAAGGAAAUUUAUUCCCAAUUUUGUCACGUGAUAUGGAUCAAGUUGGUAUUGUAGUAGAAUAUUUGAAACGUUGUUCUGAUGAUACUGCUCCAAAAAUAAAGCAAAUUCAGUCAGAAGUAGAAGCAUAUUUUAAAAGAUCAGAUUUCAUAUCACCAUCAUCAACUCUAAAGGAAGAAGAAGCUGUUAUGAAAUCAAAAUUACAAAGUGUUUAUGCAAAACUUCAGAAAGAUGUUGCUUCUUAUCAGAUUUUAGUAGCAAACAUGAAUGCACUGUUUCAUAAUUUGAAAGAAUUAGAUAAUUUGAUUGAAAAGCUACAGUCAGAAUAUCGAACAACAGUACUUUCACAGGACGCUACUCAAGCAGAAAUUCAGCUUCAAAAGUUAGAUACUACACAUACUACAAUUACAGAAUUGUUCAAAAAAGUUGAAGAAGAAGCUAAAGAAUUGAUAAACAAGAUUUCUGAAUUAGAACCCUUUGAUGCUGCAAGAAAAGAUAAGGAAAAAAUAUUAUAUUUUAUUAAAACAUGUAAAGACCAAUUCACUGUAUUAUUAGAAGAACAGAAGAAGAAAAUGAAAGAUAAUCUUCAGAUGUGUCAUUUCAAUGCUGAAUUUAAAGAUAUUAAUCGCGAAAUCGAUGAUGUCCAGAAACAGUUGAAAUCAAUUGAAAAUAGUUUUAGAGAUUCUUUAGAUGCUGCCAAACAAGCACUUUGGACUUUUAGAGAUUUACAGAAAGGUGUUGAGCAUUUGGAUCAAAAAAUUAGAAUUUUUAUGGGAACUUUCAAAUAUAGCAAAUCAGAUAGUAUUCAAAGAGAAAUAGAAGCAUUAAGAAUAAAAUGGACUUCAAUUCAGGCAGAAAUAAGCAAAGUUCAUCAUCUUAUUAACAUAGCUAUAGAAUGUUUUCAGCUCAUAGAAGAAGCCAAAGACUGGUUUAAAGAAGGAAGUCAAUUGUUAGUUACUAUUGCGCGAAAAUCAUCAUUGUGUAAGACAACUAAUGAUGCAGAGAGAUUAUUAAAAGAAGUUGAAGAUUUUCUCUCAACAGGCAAAAUUAAACAAGAAGAAAGAUUUUAUAAAAUCUCAAUACUUGUUCUUCAAUUGUUUGAAGGAAAAACUCCUAGUAUAGUUCAGCAAUUGACAAUAAGAAGCAAAGACAUGAGCGAAUCAUUAGAAGUAAUUAAAAAAGAAUUAUAUAGUCUUAUUGAAAAUCUGAAGGCAGCUGAAGAAGAACAAGCAAAAGAAAAGAUUAUUAAAGACAUCAAGGCUGAAGCAUCAAGACAAUUUCAUUCAGAAUUUUCAACAAUUAUUCAUAAACCAAUUGAAAUUUCUGAAAAACAAGUCACAACAAUUCAUACAUCUUCUCCAAAAAUUAUUAGAAAGGAGAUAAUUGAAAGUCCAAAACUUCAAAGACGGACAAUUAAUGGAAAACCUCCCAUAUUCACAGUUCCCUUAAACGAUAGCCAAGUGCAAGAAGGAUCCAAAUUUGUAUUUUAUUGUCAAAUUGAAGCCGGCCAUAAUCCUAUAGUUAGAUGGUAUAAAAAUGAUAUGUUGAUUUAUAAUAAUCCUGACUAUGCAAUUGGUUUGGAAAACAAUAUUUGCACUUUAACUAUUGAAGAAACUUUACUUGAAGAUUCUGCAGUAUAUACAUGCAAAGUUGAAAAUGAAUUUGGUAAAGCAGAAAGUAGUGCCCAUUUACAUGUAAAAGAAACCAGACCUCGUAUUGAACCACCUCACUUUACUAAAGAAUUGGAACCUGGUAAAGUUAAAGAAAGAGAAUCAUUUAAAUUUACCUGUCAAGUCACUGGAAAUCCUUUACCGCUUGUCUCGUGGUAUAAGAAAGAUGUCUGUAUUGAUAGUUCACCUGAUUAUGUUAUCAUCUUUAAUAAUGGAUUUUGUCAGCUCCAUAUAAAAGAAGCCCAUCUAGAGGAUGAAGGAUGUUAUUCUUGUCGAGCAACAAAUAAAGCUGGACAAGCUGAAUGCAGUGCUACAUUAAAUAUCAUUUCUUUAUUUCCCAUUGAAGCUCCAGCAUUUUUAAUUCCGUUAUCAAAUGUCACAGUAAGAAGUGGUCAUAAUUUACAUUUAGAAUGUCAAAUUCGUGGCUAUCCAUCUCCAGUUCUAACAUGGUCUCAUAAUGGAGUAAUAUUAAAGGAAAAUAGCAAUACUAGGCUUCGUUUUGAUCAAAAUAAAGCAGUACUAGAGAAGCCAAUUGCUACUCUUAAAGAUUCUGGUACAUAUACUAUCACUGCUAGAAAUCUUGCAGGAGAAGCCAUUUCAUCUAGUUAUGUCUGCAUUAAAGAAAAAUUAAUAUUAGAAGCUUCUGAUUCAGAUGCAAUAUCUGAUACAGACAUUGUUAAACCAAUUAUCAAAGAAGCUUUGGAAAGUCAGCAAGUCUACGUAAAUGGUUGUAUUCAGUUGGAUUGUGUGAUUAUUGGAAAUCCAGAACCUGAAGUAAUCUGGUAUCAUAAUGGAAAACCAGUUAAAGAAUCUGAUAAACUGAAAUUGCUUUUUGAGGGUGACAGAUGCUCAUUAAUCCUCAAAGAUAUUAGUUUAAGUGAUGCUGGAAGUUAUAGAUGUGUAGCAAUUAAUCCUGCAGGAGAAGCAUCUAGUGAAUGCACCAUAUCAGUAAAAUCUGACUCACCAAGUCAUAAAAUUUAUAAAGAAUUUAGAGUGUUAGAAGAAAGAAUUACCUCUCCCAAAUUUGUACAACUUUUGGAAGACAUAACACUGUCAAAAGGGAAAAACAUGAAACUUCAAUGCAAAGUUAUUGGAGAAUCCGAGUUAACCAUCUUUUGGUAUAAGGAUGGGCAAAAAUUACACAAUUCUAGCAAAUAUAAAAUUGAUAAUGAUCAUAAAACUGGACAUCUUUCUUUGACAAUAUAUGAUGUUAAUCAGAGUGAUGAAGGAAAAUAUGUUGUUCAAGCAUUGAAUAAAUAUGGUGAAGCAAAAUGUUAUUGUUCCAUACUUGCAUCAUCUCCUAAAGUACCACAAAAACCUAUCGUUCCAGAGAUACCACCAAAAUUUCUUAUCUUACUUCGGAAUACUCAUGUCAUAAAGGGACAAGAAGCAAAAUUUGAUUGCUUAAUUAGUGGAACACCAAAACCUGCAGUAACAUGGUAUUUUGAAGACAAGCCACUCAGCAGAAGUGAAAGUUAUAUUAUUACUGAAGAUGGCCAUCGGCAGUCAUUAGUAGUUCUUAAUACUUCUGACAAAAACAGUGGAAGAUAUAGUGUAACAGCUGAAAAUAACAGUGGAAAAGCUACUUCUUCUGCAUAUUUAACUGUUGAAUCUCCCACCAAGUCAGUUUGGAAUGGCAUUGAAGAAAGAAAAACAAGUCAAAAAACAUUACUUUCUCAAAGCAAUUUUACUAACAGAACACUACAUCAAGAAAGCAAUUUGUUUGAACUUCAUCAAACUACUUCGGUAGGAUACCAUGAAGAAAUUCAAAAGGCAAAUUUUGAUGUUUCUAAACUCAAUCACACAGCAAUAAGUGCUACCGAAACUGCCACAGUUUCUUACGGUCUUUCUUCCAGAAGGAUUCCGCCAACGGUUUCUGUUAAACCGAGCAAAUCUCUUCCUCCAAAAUUUGUGAAACCGGUAGAAUGUGCAGUAGUAGAAGUGGGAGAAGAUAUCAUUCUACAAGGCCAAAUUGAAGGUUAUCCAGAGCCUAGUGUAACAUGGUCAUUAGGUGAUAAAGAAAUAUUCCCAAAAUCUGGAUUAUCUAUUUCAUUUUCUGAUAACGUAGCUGCAUUGAAAAUUUCAAAAGCAACAGAAAGAGACAGUGGUAGAUACACUUGUACAGCGUCUAAUUCGGCCGGUGUUGCGUCCAGCACUGCCGAUGUUAUUGUGAGACCUCACAGAAAUCCUCCAAAAUUCGUCCAUCCUCUUCAGCCAUGUCUCUUUAAAUCCGGAGAUCGCGUCCAACUGGACGUAGAAGUUAUGGGUACUCCACUUCCACAAGUAAAAUGGUAUCAUAAUGGAACUAUAAUAACAGAUUCUCUCUCAUUUUAUACAAUGUCUGAGGGUACCAAACAUUCUCUGGUGAUUCCAAAUGCAACAUCUGAUCAUUCUGGAAAGUUGACGGUAAAGGCAAUCAAUGCAGGAGGAGAAGCGCAAUGCACAGUUGAUCUGAUCCACGUUGACAAUGCAUCUCUGGUAGGAAAAGCCGUAUCCUACAGAGAGAUGUCCGUCGUCCAGCAAACCGAAAAAGUAACCUUAACUUCGGAAAAAUAACUCGAUUUAAAUUUUUGUAUAAACUUUUUUUUCCACACUAACAGUCUUCAUUAACUUGGGAACAGUUGGUGCUAUAUAUUUUUCUAAUGAUUAAUAUACAAAUUUGUUAUUUUUGUUAUAAAAUAAAGCGCUAUAAAGUAAGAUUCAUAUACAUACAAUUUCUAGUUGCAACGUUAAAAUGUAAAUUUAUGGAUAAAAAGAUAUCUUGCAAUGCCUGUUA